UAAAACUGAUGACAGGAGAGAUCAGAUGGAGUAAAUUCGACUGAUGUUAGGGAUGUUACUGACAGGAGCAAUGUGAUGUUUGAUCAUUUCCAACUGGAUGGGCAAGAACGCUUUCAUCAUGGAGGAUGCUGUCAGUGAAGCGGUGGUUGCGCUGGAUGCGGAUGUACUGCUGUCGGUGCUGUAUGAUGAGUCGUGUUCCCACCCUGCAGGAGAGUUGAGUGGACUGCCACCAUUCCGCACCCUGGAAGAGAGACUUCAACACAACAAAACACUGCUCCCGGAUAAUGUGUUCCUCGCGGCGGUGUCAGGCCUCGUGAAGACCCCCAAGGAAUUCUCUCGCGGGGCCCGCAUGAUCUACCUGCUGAGAAAUCUUGGUGCGAACAUCGGUGUUCAAAACGAAGAUGGUAACAAUGCUCUGAUGCUGUACCUGAAGACGGGAGAGCUACACCCCGAUGUCAUUGAGGCGUUCCUUCGCUGUAACGCAGACGUUUAUCAUGCAAACAAGAAUGGUGAAUACCCACUGGAGGUUAUCACUCUGUGCUCUGACGUCCCAAAACAUGUGAAGGAUGUCUUCAUGAAAUAUGUGCCUGGAAUCUGGGAGGCUGUUGAAGGGGAUGAUGCGAUGAACGUGAGGAAGCUGAUCAAUCAGUGGUGUCGCGUUGACGUCGAGAAGAAUGGGAAGUCACUGCUGCAGCUGACCUUUGACAUCGGAACAGAGAGCAUCAUCCGGGUAAUCAGUGGAAUCAGGGCGUCCAUGGAUUUUGCCCAUGGUGUUUUGGCGGGAGAUACAAUGUUUGUUCAGAAACUGCUGUCAUUAAAGAAGAAAAUAAAUAUUAACUUCAGAAACUUGGGUGACCGUGGCGCACCACCCCUCCUGUAUGCACUGCAGCAAGGGAAUGCUGACAUGGUCCGGAUAUUGCUGUCUCACAACGCCCGCGUCGACCUCGCAAUGAGGGGAGACGGGGAGAAUGAUAUUCCGCUGUAUUUUGUGGCCUUGGCAUCUGAUCCACCAAUCAGAGCAGAUCUUUUAAAGAUGAUCGUUCCAACGGGCCCGCUUACAGUGGACCAUCUCUACUACAAGGGCAUGAAUUCGCUGUUCCACUGUAUUGACCAAGAUGUCAGUCCUGAUGUCAUUGAAGAUAUUCUGCUGAAAGGUUCUGCCUACCUCGUCACUCAGCGAAUCAAAAACAACAUCUGCCUGCGCCAGUAUGCAUAUUUACAAUCAUGUGGUCACAUUGCUGAUGUUAUUGACAGAAUUGUUCUUAAAUGGAUAUUUCAAGAAGAUGGCAAAAACCGGAAGAUUUUAGCGUUACAUGGUUACAAUUAUAUCCCUACUCCAGUUUCAUCAGCAGAGGAAUUCAUCGAGUCGCAGGCUGAGAUGUCUUCACAGUAUGCAUUUUACCAGAUGCUGCCAGCCUACUAUACCCAGAUCCAUCAUUUCCACGAAGCUGUAGAUCGAUGUGACUUUGAGGCUGUUAAGUCACUGCUGUUCUUCACCGCCAAGAGGUCUUGUCUUGAACAUUGUCUGGCAGAUUCGAGAACCACAGGUGAUGGUCAGCCAGCACUUCAUAAAGCUGUUCUCCAUGGUAACUAUGAGAUAACGGAACUGCUGGCAGAAACUCUCGUCUAUCAACUGAAGCAGCGACUUGACUCUGUGAGAGAUCAGUCUUUCAGAACGGCUCUGCACUAUGCGUAUGCCCUGGAAGGAGGCAAGGAACUCGUCAACCUACUUCUCGAUUACGGAGCAUCGGAAUUCACCAUGGACAAGGACGGGCGAUCUCCCCUCACGUUCAAAGACCGAAAGAGUCAGAGUUUAAUGAAUGAGCUGCUACAGUAUCAGCUUCUGCAGGAUUUCCGCGACCCGGAACCGGAUCCGUUUUCAGUUCCGAUGCCGAUACCGAUCAUUGGUUACCUCCUGAACUGCAACCACGUUCACCACCACCACCACCACCGCUCGGGCCCCUUCAGCCAGAAGCUGGCCGUGCUCCCGAGCCCCCAGUCCCCCGCACACCACCACCACCAUUCGAUGGAGGACGUGAAGAUGAGCAAGGUGAUGAGCAAAUCAGCCACGUUCGCCUCACACCUGGCCAGCUGGCCGGAGACUGUGCGUGCCAAGUUCACUGGUCGGACGUACAGCAACGCACUGCAGAGUGGAUACUACCAGGUCCCCACGGACGACGACCUUGACUGUCUCGACGCAUUCUCCUACGGUGAUGACUGCUUCGACACAGGCAGCGAGAACGAUGAUUUGUUGAACGGAAGAGAUUUGAAAAAGUCAUCGUCUUGUGUUAUUCAAUGAAAGUUUGUGGUUGGGUUUUGCUGAAGGUUUUGUGUAAGGAAGGAGAAAUAAGAAAUAAAGCUUAUUCAAUGAAAGUCCAAUGAUGUGUUUUGCUGGAGAAAUGAUAAAUAAACGUUUUGAUCUUCCUGUGUUGAUGGUAGACACUGAGAAUGAUGGUUUAUUGAACGGAAGACAUUUGAAACGGUCAUCACCUUGUGUUACACAGUGAAAGCCCUUUGUUGUGGUUUGCUGAAGCUUCAGAUAAGGAAAGAUCAAUGACAAAUAAACCGUCAAUCUUCCUGUGAGAACGAUGAUUUGUUGAACAGAAGAGAUUUGAAAAAAUCAUCAUCUUGUGUUAUAAAGUGAAAGUCCAUGGUUUCGGUUUUGCUGGAGGAAUGACAAAUAAACAUUUGAUCUUCCUGUGUUGAUGAUAGAUACUGAGAUUGCCGCUCUGUUGAAUGGAAGAGAUUGGAAAAAGUCAUCGUCCCAUGUUCUACAGUGAAAGUCUGUUGUGUUUUGCUGAAGUUUCUUAUAAGGAAGGUUGAAUGAAAUCUUUGAUCUUCCUGUGUUGAUGGUAGACGCUGACGAUUAUGAUUUGUUUAAUGGAAGAGAUUUGAACAGGUCAUCAUCAUCCUGUGUUAUACAGUGAAAGACCAUUGUUACAAGUAUUUUGGAUAUAAGUGCAUGGAUAUAUUUUUGUAAGAUUCACACUGCUUAACAAAACAAGCUCUUUUAUCUGAUGGUGGUUCCUUGCAAGAACGAACUUUCCACUGAUGAUGAGAUUUUUUUAAAUAGACAGUAAAUUUAAUGAUUUAUUUUUUUGAAACAGAAAGUAAAUUUGAUGAUUUCUGUUUUGAAACAGAAAGUAAAGUUGAUGAAUGGUUUUUGAAACAGAAAGUAAAGUUGAUGAUUUCUUUUUGAAACAAAAAGUAAAGUUGAUGAAUGGUUUUUGAAACAGAAAGUAAAUUUGAUGAUUUCUUUUUUGAAACAGAAAGUAAAGUUGAUGAUUUCUUUUUGAAACAGAAAGUAAAGUUGAUGAUUUCUGUUUUGAAACAGAAAGUAAAGUUGAUGAUUUCUGUUUUGAAACAGAAAGUAAAUUUGAUGGUUUCUUUAACAACAAAGAUUUGAAAACAUCUUUACACUGUGUUUACAUUUUGCACAGAAUGUAAUUGACUGUGUUUUGAAUGGCUUUCAGAUGUGGAAGGAGGAAUUACAUUAAAAAGAAGAUACUUCUGUGAAACAUAAUGUUUGAUUUUCAUAAUUACAGUGAUACAAGCAAUGCGAGGGAAGAUGAUUAACAUCUCUGUUCAGUGUUAUGCAAUAAAUGUACACUGUAA